ACGAUGUGAAACAGCGCCCUCUGCGGUCACAGUUUCUGAUGGGUCACAGAUUUCGACGUAACAACAGCAUUGAGAUGGUCUGUCACCUCAGCCCCGGGAUGCUGCCCGUACGUUUAACGCUAUAUGUGUUAUUUUCGUGUCUCCGUAGCUUAACGGCGACAUCGACGCUUCAUGCGAGGAUGACGUUCACCGAGAAAGAGACAGAAAUGAGAAGGUUCCCUCUCCCUGGCCACCACGUACCCGUCGAGAUUGUUCUGGAAGGAGAGCGUGAGACCAUCGUAGCUGCUGGACACAAACACCUGACCUCAUUCAACUUCCUAAAUCACCCACAGACUCCUGUGAAAACAGGCGUUCAGUGUCCCCCAAGCCCGACAGAAGGCUGCGACUUUAACAUCACCGUGGUCCACAAAGGUGAAGCGGCCGGCCAGUUUGUUCUGUGCGGGAUCAAUGCCAAGGAGACGCUGUGCUGUGAGAUGAAUCUAUCACAGCAGACCUGGUGCCUUCCCUCUGAAAAUACAAAGAGCAUAACAAAGAGCUUACAGGAUUUUGUCAUUAAGGAAGGUGAACCGUUUGCCUUUGUGGACAGUGAUCUCUACAUCACAUACUCUGGAGCCCAGGAGAAUGUUGGCAUCCACAAGUUCGGGAAUGACCGAAUCGCACCGGGAAGACACAGUAAAGAGCAGCACUAUGUGGGUUUGGUGCUCAGCCGACACGAAGACCCAAAGGAGAGCAAAGUCUAUGCCUUCUAUAGGGAGAAAAACAAAGAGGAAGACAUGAACAGUGACAUGUGGCUCCCCUUUGUGACCCGGGUUUGCACGGUAGACUCUGGUGGGUCUAAGAACAUUCUGCAGUCCAGCUGGACGUCCCAGCUGAACGCCAGGCUCUCCUGUGGACACGCUCACAGCAGACAGCGUUUCUCCGAGCUGGUGGACGUGACCCCCGUGCACGCAGACCGCUGGGAGCAAACCACUAUUUAUGCCCUCUUCAGAAAUGAGUGGGGCAUGAGUGCUGUGUGUGUCUACACCCUAAAAGACAUUGAACAGAUCUUCAAAACCUCCUCGUUCAAAGACUCCGACAUGCACACCGACAGGAAACGAGAGUGCGUUGCAGACUCCAAAGCUAUUGCAAGAAACGUUCUGAGGAUGAUCGAGUCCAAUUCGGAGAUGAAGGAACGCGUGCAGCCUGUGAACUCUGGGCCGCUGCUCUUUAAUCACCACGCCUACACCCACAUCCACGUCCACGGAUUGCAGAACAGUAACCUCCCCGUCCUGUUCCUGUCUCUGAAGAAUGGAGCAAUUCAUAAAGUGAUGCAAUAUAAAAGUCAGGCAUUUGUGAUCGCUGAGUAUCAACCAUUCGACCACAAGGCCCACAUCGUCAGCUUCCGCCUCGACCCCCCCUCUAGGAAGCUGUACGUGAGCUCCAGAACUGAACUGGUCCAAGUGAAUGUGGCCAACUGUGCGCAGUAUGGGGACAGCUGUGAGCUCUGUGUCUUGGCCAGAGAUCCCUACUGCGGCUGGAACGGAACCCACUGCACCCAUAAGACGGAAGGCACACUGCAGGACUUGGCCGAAGGGAACUAUGGAAUCUGUGGUUCAGAUGUUCAGCGCCCUGCAGAAGUGUCGAGACAUUUCACUCCACAAGAGACAAAGAGCAGCGUCGCCCUCCCCCCGGAGUCCAAGUACUUCCUCCAAUGCCCGAUGGCGUCCCACCACGCUCAGUAUACCUGGCACCACCUGGAAAGCACCACCUCCUGCGGGUGGGGGGAGCAGCGGUGCCUCCUCCUGGUCGACAGCAUGGGCCCCGAGCAGCAGGGGGAGUACAGGUGCGUGUCGGAGGAGCGGGGCUACAGCAGGGUGCUGGCGCGCUACGAGCUGCAGCUGAGGGGCGCGGCGGGGGGGCGCUCGUGGAGCCCGCUGCUCUGCCUCGGUCUGACGGCGGCUCUGAUCCGGAGUUGGUCCUGAAACGGACGGCGCCGGGAGAGGAACCGCGGCGUCAGAGACCCAUUACUGUUAUUUAUUGAUGAGUACGAGUGUGAUUGCAUUGAUGAGCCAGCAUUGUGCCCCGUUAGGCAGGGAGGACGGACACGUACGUCUCAACUAAAACGUGAAGAGGUCGGUAACGGAGAAUCAUGUGAUUUACAUCGGAGUCGAGUUGUUUCCGUUUGCAUUUAAUCAACAGCGCGGUCACGUUUGAGCUUUAUUUAAGUCAGGACUGUGUCUCAUUUUCACAAAUGUAUCCGUUAAUUCAACUUGAUGUCCGUUAAAUGCAGCUGAGCCAUGAGCCUUCUGCUAGCAUCCUGGAUGCAUGUAGAGCUAUUUGCAGUUUAAUACCAGAUAAAGGCCUUGCCCGGUUUAGGAAACCACAGUCAUGAGUUUCGCCUUAUGAUAUCAUCGUGAGUUCUAUUUCAGUUCUUCUGAAAUAUUCGUUUCCUUUACUGAGAAAUUCUACCCUGCAUACUACCUCGGACUUGCCCAACUGCCAUUGGGCUUGUUCAUCAAGAUUCUGCUUUUAGCACUUUAUUGACUGCAAUAAUAUAUACGUAUGUCAUUUUGUGAUCACUGUGUUGUGAUCUGCAAUGCAACUUGAGUUUUUGGAGUUUGAUUUAUUUUUGUAAUUUUCUUCUAAUGCAAAACAUUUUCCCAUUUGUGCAUUGCUCAAUUUGCAUAUAAACAAAUGUAUUUCUGCCUUA